AUGACCGUUUCCACGGCCCCCGGAGGGGACUGCGACUACAUCUUCAAGAUCAUUGUCAUUGGGGAUAGUGGCGUGGGGAAGUCAUCUUUGACGGUGCGCCUUUCGGAGGAUGUCUUCUACAAGGACUACGCGUCGACCAUUGCCAUUGACUUUCGCAUGCAUCAAAUGAAUUACAUGGACAAGCGUGUGCGUCUGCAAAUUUGGGACACUGCAGGACAGGAGCGCUUUCAGUCUGUUGCCACAGCCUUCUACCGCGGCGCAAACGGUGUCAUGCUUUGCUUUGAUCUCACUCACCGUCCCUCGUUCCUCCAUUUAGACCAAUGGAUGGAGCGUGUACGCCAGCAGGCUCUCCCAGGAAUACCGUGUCUGCUUAUUGGGUGCAAAAGUGACGAGGCCCGCAGUGCACGACAGGUUUCAAAGGAGGAAGCCACUGCCUGGGCGCAGCAGCACGGCAUCUCGUUCAUUGAGACAAGUGCGAAGGAAAAGGAAAACGUGCAGUAUGCGUUCCAGCAGAUCACCAAGGAUAUUUUUUUGGACCUGAAGGAUCGCAACGGGAAGGUGGCGUUACCCGGUGGGAAGAGCGCAGGAAGGGCGGAAAGCGUGAAGUUAGACGCGCAAGCAGCAAAUCGCAAGUCCUCCGGAAAGGGUGGGUGCUGCUAA